GGAGAGCGGGGCGCAGUGCUCACUGCUCCAGAGUAACGCUAACGCGCAAUGCCUAGAUUUACUGUCCACAUCCGAGAUGAGUGGCUGGCAGUGCCAUGCCGGGACACCUCCAACACAAUCCAGUGGCUCGGACUGGAAGGACUGAAACGUUAUGUGAAAAGCAAGCCGGACAACGGCGGCAUCACCUCUGUGAAAGAGACGCCGUUCGUGGUGCGCAGGUGUCAGGGGUUGGGCUUGUUGGACUUGGAUGACACCAUCGACGAUGUACUGGAGGAUAAUGACUUUGUCGAACUUGCUAUUGAAGGAGAUACAAUGUCUCCUGAUUUUAUCCCGUGUGAGCCUGGAGUUUCUAACAUUACGGCAGCGUACAAAGAACCUGGACAAUACAUUUUCUUGGAUGGCAACAGCCUGACAUCAACGGAUCUGGUCAACUUAGGCAGAGGACUGUACAAGAUAAAGCUGACUCCAGAGGCAGAGAACAAUGUUGUGCAAUCACGAGAACUUUUGGACACCAUUGUCAAAGAAAACAAAGUUGUCUAUGGCAUCACAACAGGUUUUGGCAAAUUUGCCCGAACUGUAAUUCCUGUCAGCAAGCUCAAGGAGCUCCAAGAAAACCUGGUGCGGUCACAUUCAGCAGGUGUGGGAAACCCACUGAGCCCAGAGAGGACACGUAUGCUGCUCGCUCUGAGGAUCAAUAUUCUUGCUAAAGGGUACAGUGGAAUUUCUUUGGAAACCCUCCAUGCCAUGAUCCAGGCAUUCAAUGCUUCCUGUCUCUCCUUCGUCCCAGAGAAAGGGACAGUGGGUGCAAGUGGAGACCUGGCGCCCCUCUCACACCUGGCCUUGGGGCUGAUGGGAGAGGGUAAAAUGUGGUCUCCAAAGAGUGGAUGGGCAGAUGCCAAAUAUGUCCUGGAGGCCCAUGGACUGAAGCCAGUAUCAUUAAAACCUAAAGAGGGUCUUGCACUAAUCAAUGGCACCCAGAUGAUUACCUCUUUAGGGGCAGAGGCCGUGGAGCGGGCCCAGGCGAUUGCCCACCAGGCAGAUAUCAUUGCUGCUCUCACCCUGGAGGUGUUAAAGGGAACCACCAAGGCCUUUGACAGUGACAUCCAUUCACUGCGGCCCCAUCCAGGUCAGAUAGAGGUGGCCCAACGCUUUCGCUCACUGCUGGAUUCUGAUCACCAUCCAUCUGAGAUUGCAGAGAGUCACAGGUUCUGUGACAGAGUUCAGGAUGCCUACACCAUGCGGUGCUGUCCUCAGGUUCAUGGAGUUGUAAAUGAUACCAUAAAAUUUGUCCAGGACAUCAUCAAUACAGAAAUCAACAGUGCUACUGACAACCCUAUGGUAUUUGCAGAGAGAGGUGAGACCAUUUCAGGUGGGAAUUUCCAUGGCGAAUAUCCAGCUAAGGCUCUGGACUUUUUGGCUAUUGCUGUCCAUGAGUUGGCCUCCAUCAGCGAGAGGAGGAUCGAGAGGUUAUGUAACCCCUCCCUGAGUGAGCUGCCUGCCUUCCUCGUCAAUGAGGGGGGACUCAACUCAGGCUUCAUGAUUGCCCACUGCACCGCAGCUGCUUUAGUUUCAGAGAAUAAAGUUUUGUGUCAUCCUUCUUCUGUGGACUCCUUGUCCACCAGUGCCGCCACAGAGGACCAUGUGUCUAUGGGAGGCUGGGCUGCUAGGAAGGCCUUGAGGGUUGUAGAGCAUGUGGAGCAAGUUCUUGCUAUAGAACUGCUCGCAGCCUGUCAGGGUAUCGAGUUCCUCCGCCCACUUCGUACCACCACCCCACUGGAGAAGGUCUAUGAACUUGUGCGUAGUGUUGUCAAACCAUGGUUUAAAGACAGAUUCUUGUCUCCAGACAUUGAAGCUGUUCACCGUCUCCUGCUUGACCAGAAGGUGUGGAACGUGGCCAAACCUUAUAUUGACAAAUAUCAGACAGAGUACAUCCCAGAGUCCCGCCCCAAUUCUCCCACCGCCUUCUCACUGGAGCCUCCAGCAUCACCAAGGAAACGUGUUCGCCAUGAGUAAAAGCAUGCAUGCAAAUGUGUUCUCUGUCUUUAGUCACUAAUCAUUUUCACUGAAUGAGAAGCAAUUAAAAUCUUUUAAUAUAU